AUGGAAGGCGGAGUCCGUCCUUUCUGUCCUGCCUUCCCCACAUCCACCCGGCCUUCACCACAUCCACCCGGCCUUCCCCACAUCCUCCCGGCCUUCACUACAUUCUACCAGCCUUCACCACAUCUACCCGGCCUUCACCACAUCCUCUCGGCCUUCACCACAUCCACCCUGGUCCACUACAUUCUACCAGCCUUCACCACAUCCAUCCGGGCCUUCCCCACACCCACCCGGCCUUCAUCACAUCCAUCAGGCCUUCACCACAUCCACCCUGGUCCACUACAUUCUACCAGCCUUCAUCACAUCCAUCCGGGCCUUCCCCACACCCACCCGGCCUUCACUACAUCCACCCUGGUCCACUACACCUUACCAGCCUUCACUACACCCCCCGGUCUUCCCCACAUCCACCCGGUCUUCACCACAUCCACCCGGCCUUCACCACAUCCACACUCAUCCACUACAUCCAACCGGCCUUCACUACAUCCGCCCUGCAUUCACCACAUCCACCCGGCCAUCCAGACAUCCACCCGGCCUUCACCACAUCCAUCCGGCCUUCCCCACAUCCACCCGGCCUUCACCACAUCCACCCUGGUCCACUACAUCCACCCGGUCUUCACUACAUCUACCCGGCCUUCACUACAUCCACCCGGUCUUCACCACAUCCACCCUGGUCCACUACAUCCUACCAGCCUUUACUACAUCCACCCGGUCUUCACCACAUCCACCCUGGUCCACUACAUCCUACCAGCCUUCACUACAUCCGCCCUGCAUUCAGCACAUCAACCCGGCCUUCCCCACAUCCACCCCGCCUUCCCCACAUCCUCCCGGCCUUCACCACAUCCAUCCGGCUUUACCCACAUCCACCCGUCCUUCACCACAUCCACCCUGAUCAAAGACUUCCUACCAGCCUUCACUACAUCCACCCGGUCUUCACCACAUCCACCCUGGUCCACUACAUCCUACCAGCCUUCACUACAUCCGCCCUGCAUUCACCACAUCCACCCGGCCUUCCCCACAUCCUCCCGGCCUUCCCCGUCAUCCUCCCGGCCUUCACCACAUCCAUCCGGCCUUACCCACAUCCACCCGGCCUUCACCACAUCCACACUGGUCCACUACAUCCUGCCAGCCUUAACUACAUCCACCCGGUCUUCACCACAUCCACCCUGGUCCACUACAUCCUACCAGCCUUCACUACAUCCGCCCUGCAUUCACCACAUCCACCCGGCCUUCCCCACAUCCUCCCGGCCUUCCCCCACAUCCUCCCGGCCUUCACCACAUCCAUCCGGCCUUACCCACAUCCACCCGGCCGUCACCACAUCCACACUGGUCCACUACUUACUACCAGCCUUCACUACAUCCACCCGAUCUUCACCACAUCCACCCGGUCGUCCCCACAUCCACCCGGCCUUCACCACAUCCACCCUCGUCCACUACAUCCUACCAACCUUCACCACACCAAUCCGGCCUUCCCCACACCCUCCCGGCCUUCACCACAUCCACCCGGCCUUCCCCACAUCCUCCCGGCAUCCACUACAUUCUACCAGCCUUCACCACAUCUACCCAGGCCUUCCCCACAUCCUCUCGGCCUUCACCACAUCCACCCUGGUCCACUACAUUCUACCAGCCUUCAUCACAUCCAUCCGGCAUUCCCCACAUCCACCCUCGUCCACUACAUCCUACCAGCCUUCACUACAUCCGCCCUGCAUUCACCACAUCCACCCGGCCUUCCCCACAUCCUCCCGGCCUUCACCACAUCCACCCGGCCUUCCCCACAUCCUCCCGGCAUCCACUACAUUCUACCAGCCUUCACCACAUCUACCCAGGCCUUCCCCACAUCCUCUCGGCCUUCACCACAUCCACCCUGGUCCACUACAUUCUACCAGCCUUCACCACAUCUACCCAGCCUUCCCCACAUCCUCACGGACUCAACCACAUCCACCCUGGUUCCACUACAUUCUACCAGCCUUCACCACAUCCAUCCGGGCUUCCCCACAUCCUCCCGGCCUUCACCACAUCCACCCUGAUCACCCCGUGUUCACCACACCACCUCGUAUUCACCACAUCACCCCGUGUUCACCACACCACCGCGUGUUCACAACCCCACCCCGUGUUCACCACAUCACCCCGUGUUCACCACAUCACCCCGUGUUCACCACAGCACCUUGUGUUCACCGCAUCACCCUGUCUACAUAA